AAGGAAGUUCCGAGUCACGCAUACUGGAUUUGAAUAAUUCAGUUCAAGACGUCGGAUUACAUUCUUGCCGCUUGAUUCUGAUAGCCUGGAGUGCGAGUUCUCGUCCCAAGGCUCAAGCUUGCCCAUUGAUCCCCAUCAUCCUCAGACGCUACAAAGCCAGGCCAGACCUGCUGUCAAGCGGCCAUCAUUUGCAGGUGGCAGCCGAUGAUGAUCGGAGGUCCAAGUCUGACGCUCUUGCGGAGCUGCGCGCGACCAAGAAGCAAUCUCGAAGCUUCGCCCUUCACCCGAGCAUCGCUCUCAUAUUGUUAUCGGAGCAUGUCUAGCAAAUCCGAACGAUUCGUGCAUGCCUUGGACGAGCGAAAUCUUCCCAAAGGCUUUGCGGUCUCUGCGACGUACGCAGGUAUCAAAGCUGCCAUUUCGCCAGUCGCUACUCCACCCGCAGCCAAGACCAGCAACCUGAACCCCAAACCAGAUCUGGCACUGAUCGUCUCGGCAACUCCAGCUGCAGCAGCGGGCUGCUUUACUCGCAACGCAUUCAAAGCUGCCCCAGUCGUGCUAUCGAGUCAAUUGCUGAUAGAUGGUGCUGGCUCACCGGCCGGUGCCAGAGCUCGAAGCGUGCUGGUCAAUUCAGGCUGUGCAAACGCAGUGACGGGACUCAAAGGAUUUCAAGACGCUCAAGAGUGCGCUUCGACCAUCGCCGAGCUCCUGCCUACUCCUCCAGCCGUGGCUGAGAAACAAGAGAGGGGCGAUCUGCUGCCAAGAGGCAAGGAAACGCUGCUGCUCAGUACCGGUGUCAUUGGGGUGCCUUUGCCCAUGCAGGCCAUCAAGAAAUGCUUGCCUCACUUGACCAGCGGAAAUGUGCUCAGAAACGACAAGGAUGCUUGGUUGGAGACAGCCAGGGCCUUCAUGACCACCGACACUUUCCCCAAGCUUCGUGCGCGGAGAUUUGAGCUGGGUGGUAGAGAUGUCAGCAUCGUGGGCAUUGACAAGGGUGCUGGAAUGAUCCACCCUUCAAUGUCGGGUCCUGUCCCCGCUCCUCAAGGUCUACAUGCCACCUUGCUCGGCUUGGUUUGCACCGACGCUCCGAUCGCUCCUCCCGCUUUGCAAUCGGCAUUGGAGCAUGCCAUGUCGCGUACAUUCAACUGCAUCAGCGUCGACGGCGACAUGUCCACCAACGACACGAUCUUGUGUCUCGCCAAUGGGCUAGCACCCGAUUUGGAAGGGGAAGCUGGGGAAUUGGCAAUAGCAGAAGGCGAAGAGAUCACCAAGGAGGGGCAUCCUGAAGAGUACGCCGUCUUUGAAACGGAAUUGACAGAAUUUUGCAAAGAGUUGGCUCAUCUCAUCGUCAGAGAUGGAGAGGGAGCUACAAAAUUCGUGGAGAUCAAGGUAAAGAAUGCGCCCACUUUCGAACAUGCACACGCCAUCGCUUCGAGCAUCAGCACUUCCGCGUUGGUCAAGUGUGCUCUGCACGGGGGCGAUGCGAAUUGGGGAAGGAUACUGUGCGCUGUGGGUUACGCCCCUUUGCCUCAGCUCGAGUCGUCAGCGCAGGAAUGGCAAAUCGAUCCUACGCGGGUCACUGUCUCCUUUGUACCUCCAGAAGGCGCAUCCGAUGGUGGGCAGACACACGAGACACUCGUAGUGCUCAAAGAUGGCGCUCCGCAAGCAGUCGACGAGGAGAAGGCAGGCCGCCUGUUAGCCUUGGAAGACAUUAACAUUGUGGUCGAUCUUCAAGGCGGCAGCUUCGGUGCCGAAAGUGCUAAGGAGGAGGCUUGCUACUGGACUUGCGACUUUAGCAAAGAGUACAUUUCUAUCAACGGCGAUUACAGGUCCUGAAUUUGUAUCAGCCACGCAUUACAAUCUUACAAUCACACAUCCAUCUCGCAAUUGCACGUGUUGCCUGGACU